AAGGCCGAUAGACAUACACACACACAUACACAGAUGCUGCGUGGUGGUGGUUUGCGAGUUGACAGCCGACAAGAGGACACUGCUAUCUUGUAGUUGUUGUCACACGUCAGCUUAGCCAAGACAAGCCACAGGACCAACCUCAGAAAUGGAUGCAGAGUCUUUAAGGUUGGCAGAACGCUUUCUCCCAUCAACUUAUCUAAAGCAGGCACGGGAUGCUGACAUUUCACGACGAAGCAGGAUACACCAGCUACUAGAAAAGCGGAAGUGUCCAGAUGAAGGUUGGGAUGACCAGACAAUUGAAGGUUUGUUAGUUGACUUGUCCAAAAUGGACAGCAACAACUUCCCAGCCAAUUGUGGGGUUGGAGAGCGGGAAUCUCGCAUCUUUUCAGGUCUGGUGGCCCAGCGACAUUACAGGCUGGGGCAUGGCAUAGGUCGUUCUGGGGACAUUUCUGAGGUCCAACCCAAAGCUGCAGGAUCAAGUCUCCUCAACAAGCUGACUAAUGCUAUGGUUCUUGACCUCAUAAGGAGGAUUGGAAUCCGAGGGACCCAGGCCUGUUUGGUGAUGCCGAUGGCCACAGGGAUGACUGUGAUGAUGACUCUUUUGUCCCUCCGAGAGUCUCGACCCCAGGCCAAGUAUGUCCUCUGGCCAAGGAUUGAUCAGAAGUCUUGCCUGAAGGCCAUUGUUACUGCAGGCUACCAAGUUGUGGUGAUAGAAAAUGUCCUGGAAGGGGAUGAGCUGAGGACAGAUGUGCCAGCUCUGAAGGAGAAGGUGUCCACCCUCAGUCCAGAAAAUGUGGCAGCCAUUCUCACCACCACCAGUUGCUUUGCUCCCCGAGGUGUGGACCGCUUAGAAGAGGUUGCCAAGAUCUGCAAGGAACAUGACAUUCCACACAUAGUGAACAAUGCUUAUGGUCUUCAGUCAACAAAAUGUCUUCAUCACAUACAACAAGCUGGAAGAGUUGGGCGUGUGGAUGCAUUCAUCCAGAGCACAGACAAGAACUUUAUGGUUCCAGUGGGAGGAGCUGUUGUAGCUGGGUUUGAUGCUCAGUUUAUAGAACACAUUGGCAAAAUGUAUCCUGGACGAGCAUCAGUGAGCCCAGUGUUGGACCUGUUCAUUACUUUACUGUCCAUGGGAGUGCAGGGUUACACUUCCCUCAUGACCCAGCGUUCAGAACACAUGGACUACCUGCGGACAAGACUGGAAGAAGUGGCUAACGGCUUCGAUUUACAGUUACUCCUAACCAAAAAUAAUCCAAUUUCCAUGGGGCUUACCAUUCCUAAGGGUGUUGGGACAGAAUUAGGUUCUCAGCUUUUCCUAAGAGGUGUGUCAGGAGUCAGAGUGGUGACUCCCAACCAGAUCAAAACAAUAGCUGGUGUUACACUUAAAGGUUGGGGUGCCCAUCAUCCAAACUAUCCACAUGGGUAUUUGACUGCUGCUGCUGCCCUAGGGAUGACCAAAGCAGAUGUAGACACUUUUAUGGGUAGGCUUGAGAAAUGUCUUAAGAAAAUUAGCAGUAAAUUAAGGGAAAGAGGAGCAGAAGAUGAUAAUGGAGUUGAGAGUCAGUAGAGUAGUUGAUGAAAGCAGAUGUAGAUUGUUGAGAAUUAGCACACGUAUCCUGUAAGUCAAGGUAUAUACAUCAGGAUAUGAUAGUUCAAGUAAUUUUAAGUUAAAAAUACUCUAUACACAUAUGCUGUCUUACUUUAUUUUGCAAGAAAUUAAUGUGUAAUUUGUGUGUUGUGGGAGCCACUCUUCUGGAUGGUUCUCUGCUUCUUUCCUUCCUGCUUGGCUUUGCUACUCAAGUGGCACCAAGCAGCACGAAGUGAUAAUUAUUUUGUGUACGAUCAACGCAAUCAAAUCCUUACAUGAAACAGCAAAUGACAGAUUAAAUUUUUGUAUAUGUCAGUAAAGAAAAUGCACAGGUAACACAGUAAUAAAGUGGUUAUUAAGUGCUAUUUCUUAAACAUACAUUGCAAUUCACUGCAGUUGUCAUCCCCUUCAACAGUCAAUCAGUUGACUGCCAAAGUGCAUCUUUUUGCUACUGUGAAAAUGCCUUUCACAUGCAACGACAUUGAUUAUUCAGACAUGAUAUUCAUGUACAGAUUCUAUAAUGGGAAUGCCUGGGCUGCAGUAGCAAAAUACAAAUGUAGGUACUCAGACAGAAGAUUCCCAGAUAUUGGAGUAUUCUACAGAGUGUAUCAGCAUCUCUGUGAGAGAGGAUGUUUCCCUGGUACUUCUGCAGCAGCUGAACAUGUUGGAGCAGAUCAAGAUGGUAUUGUCAAGGUGACAGUAACAAGCCCCACUAUCAGUAGUACCAGUACAAGAUUACAAAAACAAAUACACAAAUACAUAAAGGGGCAAAAUUCAUAAAACGUAGCACAAUUUGACAUAACUUAGAAAGAAUAUUGUAUAAUCUAAAGGGAUGAUUACAGGUGUGGCAGAAACACCGGGCUGUCAUCAUCAAGCUGGUGAGUUGCCACAUGUAUUUAAAAUAUUGCACUUGACAGCUAAUUGCUGUGUUACAGGUACAUUUUAUUCACUGACAUACAAAAAUUUAAUCUCAUUUGCUAACUGUUUCCUGUAAGGGUUUGACUGCAAAGAUUGCACACAAAAAAUUAUCCCUUUAUGUUGUGUGGCACCACUUGAGUAGUGAGCCGAGUAGGUAGGGAGACAGAGGACCAGGCGAGCAGUUUCUGAAACACACAACUUACGCAUUAAUUUCUCACAAAAUUAAGCAAAACACACCGCAUAUGUAUAUAGAGUAAUUUCAUCUUAGAAUUACUUGAACUAUCAUAUCCUGAGGUAUAUAACUUGUAAGACACCCUGUAUUGGAAGAGAUAAUUCUUUUAUUAUUUAUUUUUAUACAUCACAUCUAUCCAGUGAUGACUACUUAAAGUGAAGUAAAAAAAAAAAAAAAAAAAAAAAAGUAUAUAUAUAUAUAUAUAUAUAUAUAUAUAUAUAUAUAUAUAUAUAUAUAUAUAUAUAUAUAUAUAUAUAUAUAUAUAUAUAUAAACACACACACACACACACCAUAUUUGACAACAUGUAAGAUGCACCUUUUUCAUAAAAAAUAGCUCAAAAAAUCACCCUUCAUCUUAUAUGUAAAUGUGAGGCCUCCUGUAGAUUUAAUUUUGUAAUUUCCUUCACCUGUACACCUGAAGAUCUACACUACCGUAUUAUAGGCAAGGGUGCUAUAUCAUGUUUUUUAACCAUAAUAUUAUGUAAGGAAAUGUUGAAAGUGAAAACGCAGCUCUGUUCAAGUGUGUUAUCGACAUCUUGGCAGCUGGGUUUUGUUCUUUGUCUCGCCUCUGUGAGUGGGCCACUACUUCUGUUUUAUUAUUACAAUCAUGUAGGAUAUUUUUACUAUUGGGAUUGCUUGCUUUUUGUUCAGUUGUACUGCUAGCUUCCUUUAAUUAAAUGCAUAUAAAACC